CGGAAGCACUUUGUUCUGCGUUACAUCCUGUGGAAUAAGGAUACAUAUUUGAAAUGCUCCAUGGCUUGAUACUUUACGUUUUAAAAAAAACAAACAAAUGUGAACAAAAUGAAUUACAUGCCAGGGACUGCGAGCCUCAUCGAGGAUAUUGAUAAAAAACACCUUGUUCUACUUCGUGAUGGAAGAACAUUGAUUGGGAUCCUUCGAAGCAUAGAUCAGUUUGCCAAUUUAGUUUUGCAUCAAACAGUUGAACGUAUCCACGUAGGUAAACAAUUUGGUGACAUACCUCGUGGGAUUUUCGUUGUCAGAGGAGAAAAUGUUGUUUUGCUUGGUGAAGUAGAUCUGGAUAAAGAACGUGAUCAAAUCCUCCAGAGAGUUUCCAUUGAGGAAAUUCUGGAAGAACAGCGGACAGAACAGCAAGCCAAGCAAGAGUCAAAGAGACUGAAGCUACAGGCAGUGAAAGAACGAGGAUUAUCAAUCCCUAAAGCGGACACAUUAGAUGAUUUCUGAAACAACUUUAAGUUUAGCAUUUUUGAUUUUUUUCUGUUUUAUUGUAUGGUUAUGUUUGGUAUGAGACAAUCUGUCUUGACUUUGAAAUCAUUCUGCUAUGAUUGUUUGAUAAGAGUUUUUCACUUGUUGCUCUAAAGGCAUAUUUUGAGAAUUGCCCACCAUCUAUGAUUCUUUACAUGUGUCAUAGGGAAAUAGAUGGACAUACUGAAGCACUUGGCCUGUUGGCUUUUAGUUUAAAACAUUAACAAAAGUAAUCAAAUAAAAUAACUUUAUUUCAGUGUUUACUAUGAUAUGACACUAUAGUUAUUAAGUCAGUAUAUUAUUUCCAACACAUCACUGAAAAUAUUUUUGUUCUAUUAAACCUUUUUUAUA